GCAGGCCUCGCCUGCUACUAACCCCGCCCACCAAACCAAACCGCGCCACCCAGUCUUCUCUUCUCACUUCUCACUCACCAACCAACCGAGCAACUUGGCUCGUCGUACCUGCGACACGCCGAGGAGAGCGCGCGCGUGCUGAGGCUGAGCUGUCGGAGCUAAGCUAGCCAGAACAAACCAUGGCGACGACGACGACGACGACGACGACGAUGAAGGCGAGCGACCCGGGGUCCGCGUGGUUCGGCAGCGGCGCCAGCCGGACACCGUCGGCGGCGGGGACGGGCGGCCACAACGCGCGCCUCAUCACCACCGCGGUCGCGGCGUUCGUGUCCGUGCUCGGGCUCGCCCUCUUCCUCCAUCUCUACGUCUGCCACGUCCGCCGCCGUAACCGGCGCCGCGCGGAGGCGGCCAGAGCCGCCGUGCUGCCGACCACGGCGGCGGCUCCGGCGAAGUGCGGGCUGGAUGCCGCGGCCAUCGCGGCGCUGCCGACCACCAUCUACAGGGACGACGUGGGCGGCGAGGCGGCCACCGACGAGUGCACCAUCUGCCUCGGCGCCGUGGAGGACGGCGAGGUGGUGCGGGCGCUCCCGGCCUGCGGCCACGUGUUCCACGUCCCCUGCGUCGACACCUGGCUCGCGUCGAGCUCGUCGUGCCCGGUCUGCCGCGCCGAGGUGGAGCCGCCGCCGCCGACGGCCACGGUGGGCUCAGCUCGGUUCGUGCUGGAGAAGGUGCAGGACGCUGUCAAGGAGGAAGCCGGCAGCUGCAGCUCCACGCCGGAGCGGGGGAUCGGUGCCUGUGCGUCGCUGAUGAAGAUGCUGAGCAGGGAGAGGCCGGCGGCGCCGCGAAGGCCACAACAGGGAGCCUACGCCGACGCCGGGGACUUGGACGACUUGGAACGGCAGCAGUAUGCUGUUGCUGUGAAUAAUUAAUCUUUUUUUUUUCAAAAAAAAAUGACGGCCUUUUUAGUUUGGUCGUUUUCCACAUCAUGUGUACAUCCCGCACGUAAGUGGUGCAGUACUAAGACAAGUCUGUGAGCUCUUAAAUUUUUUGAUGAAUGUAAGGGCCCGUUUGAAAUUAAAGAAUUGAUAUGCUUCGAAUCUCUACAA